AUGGAAACAAAGAUACAGGGCUCUAGCUCUAUUGCUAUUGUCGGUGGCGGCCCAGUUGGACUGUACACAGCGUUAAUCCUGGGCCAAGCUGGUAUCGAAGUAUUCGUUUUUGAACGCAGCACGGGUAUUCUCCGGCAUCCGAAGGCGGCUGGCUACUUUCCGGUCGUUUUGGAUGACUUCAAGCAAACUGGGAUUUAUGAUGAUGUCUAUGAUGCUGGUCUGAAAAGUACUGGAUUGAGUUGGCGGAAGCCUAGAGGUGAUCUCCUUGCACGCAUUGACUUUCCGCCACCGACAGUUGGCAUUCAAUUGGAACAAUAUGAAUUUGCUGAAAUCCUGUUGAAGCACUUGUCCAAAUGUCCUAACGUUACUGUCGUUUUUGGAGCGACUCUUGUCUACAUUGAAAACUCUCCAGAUCUGGUAAUUGCUACCUUCAAACGUGCGCAUGAUGAAGGCUUGUAUAAACAUAAGUCUAAAUACAUGGUUGGUUUCGAAGGGUUUACCUGGAGUGAUUAUACAAUCAUCACCGUCAAAGUCGUCUACAGUUCCCAUCAUAUGGCACCCUUUGAAGCUGCCAAUUUUAUCGUGGACCCUGAGCUAUGGGGAGUUGUGAUCAAGUUAGGUAACGAUAACUGGCGGAUUACUUUCCCAGUUCGGAAUGUCGGAGGUGUAUUCGAGGAUUGGACUGAAGAGAAAAUGAUUCAACGAGCAAGAGAGGUCUUUCAUAAACUUCUGAAAGGUCCCUUGGAGGAGCUGAGAAUUACAGCAAUUGCUUCCUACAAGAUGCACCAGCUCUGUGCUACGGGAUUCGUGGAAGGGAAUGUCAUUCUUGCUGGGGACGCAGCACAUCUCACGAACCCUAUGGGUGGUUUAGGACUUACUACUGGAUUGCUUGACGCUGCACUUCUAGGACGGAUCUUGAGGCGGGUACUUCUUCAAGGCCAGUCAAGUUCACAGUUACAUAAUUACGCGGAGGAACGUCGCUCAGCAUUCCUGGCACACACCAACCCUAUGGCCAUCGCCAAUCUUGAGAGGUUAAUGGGCAGUAAAGAAGGUGCUGUGAAGGACAGAGACGAGCUAUUUGAACAGUUUAAUAAUGGGAAUACGGAUUGUAUCCGGAAGUUUGGCGAAGCUCAAUUGAAGUUAUCAUCUACCCUAGGAGCUCCUCUCUAG